GAGAUCACCGCCAAAGGGGUCUUCUCGAUGCUAUAAUGGCCAAGUUGAUACAAGCACCCCCUAAGUUUCUGCCUCCCGAAUGGCACAUUGCUAACAAGGUCCAAUACAGUAGUGCCGAGGCCCAGCGGUCUCGUUCGGAACGCUUGGUAGAUGAGAGCCAGCGGUUGGUAGAUGAAAUUGAGAGAACCACUCAGAAGACUCAGAGUGAUGUCAACAAGAGAAUAGAACAGAGACUUGAGGAGAUAAAAUUCUGGAAGCAGCAGUUGGAUGACAAGCUUGACCAGAUUGUGAAGGAGACUGAAGUGCUUUUGUCAUUCAAAACAAGGUUGGAAAAAGCUCUGGAGGGCUGCAAAGAACCACUUUUCACUGCUCAGGAGUGUCUCUUAAAUCGGGAAAGGCGGGUUGGUAUUGACUUGGUCCAUGAUGAAGUGGAACGGGAGCUGAUCAAGGAAGUUGAGGUCUUCCAGGGAGUUGUCGCUUUGCUUGAACGUACACUGGAGCAAACCGAUGAGCAACUCAGGCUUAAUCGCACGGCCAAAUACAAUCUUGAACAGGAUCUGAAGGAUAAAUUCACAGCCUUCACAAUUGACAACUAUUGCUCCAAUCUCACCAACAACUCCACUGAUAUUGGCUAUGCCCAAAAUGUUGUGAAGGUUGAGGAGAACUCAGUGAGCCCUGAACAAUGGAUGGAUUUCUCCAACACAAAUGUUGAAAAAGCCGACAAACAGCGAAACAAUUCUCUGGCCCUCAGAGCCUUGAUUGACAGCAUUUUGUCCCAGACUGCAAGUGACAUGCGCAAGCAAAACAGGACAGUAAACAUUGCAUUCCAGAAUAGGGUGAAGGAAACCAAGGAUGCCAAGAACAAAUUAGAAAUUCACUUGGCAAAGGUGAUGGAGGAGAUCAAUUCUCAGACAAAAAAUAUUGAUGCUCUGAGGAAAGCCAUCCUGGAUAAGGAGGGGCCAGCCAAGGUGGCCCAAACUCGCCUGGAUACUCGGACUCACCGUCCAAAUGUAGAGCUUUGCCGAGACGUGGUGCAGUAUCGACUCAUGAGUGAAGUGCAGGAAAUCUGCCAUAAUAUCCAGAGGCUGAAGGACACACUGGCUCAGGCUGAAAUAGAACUGAAAGGCCUACACCGCCGGCAGCUUUCUCUGGAGGAAGAGAUUGAAGUCAAAGCAAAUACACUUUACAUUGAUGAAGUGCUCUGCAUGCAGAUGAGAGAAUCCAUUUCCAUCAAUAAGUUCUGAUCCAUGACGCUGGCAGAAUCCCUGCUGGCUGGACCCUACGAAUAGAUCUUGAACCAUUGGCUUAAACUUUCAAAAAUCUUUUAUAGAAGCCAAACAUCUGCCCUGAACUUUCUACCAGAUAAUAAAUUAGUGAAACCUCA